AUGGCUAAUCUUCCCGGAAUUGUCCCUUAUGCCAUCGAGUAUCAACAGUUGGAGGCCACUUAUGGCUUGUCUCCUUUAGAAGAUUUCCAGGAGGAGGUUCUUCAGAAGGAUGGUUGUAGUCUUCAGAUGUUGACCCCUAAUGCUGUCAACAAAGUGGUUGCCUUCGAGAUGAUCUGUAGAGCGAAUGGGUAUGUUCCCGACUACUUCGUCUUCUUUUUCUUCUUCCGGUUCUGCCUUACCGGAGAUAAGUGUACUUUUUCGGCCCGGAGAGGGGGACAUGCCCUAGUUCCUGAUGGGCGCACCCCCAAGAAUUGGCAAGACAAGUGGUUAUGGGUGAAUCAGGAACUAGUUGGGAGUGGUCAUUACCGUGCUAAUGCUUUCGCCGAUACUGUCCCUAAGCUCUUCCCUCACAAUCAAGAAGUCGCUGGUUACCUGAAAAGUGUGCAGCAAUAA